GCCCCCCCCCCCCGGUCCCACCGUCUCGCUCUCCCGCUGCUGCUCCAGCUGCUGCUGCUGCCGCUGUCUGGCUGACUGCCUGCCGGCGUGUGUAAGUGUGUGAGUGUGUGUGUGUGUGUGUGAAGUGUGUGUGUGUACGUGCCAGCUCCGGCUUCUUUCCGCUCGCCCUCGCUUGUCGUUCAAUGUAGUGAGGAUCAUGACAGGGAUCGCCGCCGCCUCCUUCUUCUCCAACACCUGCCGGUUCGGAGGCUGCGGGCUGCACUUCGAGUCGCUGGCCGAGCUCAUCGCGCACAUCGAGGACAAUCACAUCGACACAGACCCUCGUGUGCUGGAGAAACAGGAGCUGCAGCAGCCCACAUAUGUUGCACUCAGCUACAUCAACAGGUUUAUGACCGACGCAGCAAGGAGAGAGCAUGAGACUCUGAAGAAGAAAGUUCAGCCAAAGCUUUCCCUCUCUCUGACCGGCAGCCUAUCUCGAAACAACGUGUCUACACCUCCCCGACACAACAGCGGCAACCUCACUCCACCUGUGACCCCACCCAUCACGCCUUCUUCCUCUUUCAGGAGCAGUACCCCCACAGGUAGUGAAUACGAUGAGGAGGAAGCAGACUAUGAAGAGUCAGACAGUGAUGAGUCCUGGACCACCGAAAGUGCCAUUAGCUCCGAGUCCAUCCUCAGCUCCAUGUGCAUGAAUGGAGGCGAUGAGAAACCCUUCGCUUGCCCGGUGCCUGGCUGCAAGAAGAGAUACAAGAAUGUGAAUGGUAUCAAGUACCACGCCAAGAAUGGCCACCGCACUCAGAUCCGUGUGCGGAAACCCUUUAAGUGCCGCUGUGGGAAGAGUUACAAGAGCUCGCAGGGUCUCCGCCACCACACCAUCAACUUCCACCCCCCGGUCUCCGCUGACAUCAUCCGCAAGAUGCAGCAGUAGAGCGUCUCUCUGUGCCAACAGAUUCUCACACAAACACACACACACUCUCACACACACACUCUCUCUCAUACACAUCCCAUCACCAGGAGCUGUUGCCACGUAUAAAGAUUCUGACCUCCUACUCCUCCUGCUCUCAUUCCUCCUCUCCAUUUACUCUUCCACAAGGAAGACUCUGUCCCCUCUCUCCACCCCUCCAUGAGGAAUCCUUCACCCUUUCAUUUUACUCUUCCCUGAGGAAGACUCCCUCUAUCUGCACAUCUUUUCAUACCUCCAUUAGGAGGUUUUCUUUAUAUCCUCCUUUCAUUCCAUCUUUUCCUGAAGAGGAACCUAUUUUUAUCUUGUCUUUUAAUUCUAUGCCUCUUCAAGAAGCUCCUGUGUUCCCAUUACACUACACCUUGAAUUGCAUGCAUUUAUUUUUCCAUUAUUUGUAUCCUAUUAUUGUUUCUCUGCCUAUUUGAGAUGAUGUAUCGUAUUAGAGUUCACAGUUUUGUACUUUUGCACAUUCAACUAUCAUUCUUAUUGUUAUUCUUAUUUUUUUUGUCUUGUAUUACUAUUGAUAUAAGGUGCUUCUUGUAAAAUAAUUAUGAUAUGCUUGGAGAAGAUAGGGCUUGGCAUCAUUGUGGGAGACGUUCCCAAAAGUUGCUGUCCCCUCUAGAGGUGGUGCAUGAUGUUUGCAGAAGCUUCAGAUUGAGAUGAGUCAAAGCCUGACCAUAGCCUGACUCUGGUGCUUCUGGCCGUGGUUCCUGUUUUACGAAAGGAUUCUCUUAUAAAAGUUAGGAGAUACGCAAAGAGGAAGGGCAUAAAAAGCCUGAAUGUCAAUGUUUAAACUACCCAAUACCUAUAUAAGCAACAUUUUUAGUUAGAGAUUGUAAAUAAAUAUAAAUAUAUAUAGACUUUCAUGAUCAGAUAUUAAAUCUAUACUUUACCCCCAAAUCUUAUUUUUUACAUUUUAAUUCCAUUUUUUACAAAAGGAAGAGAAUGAUUAAGUAUGGAAAUUCAUUUUGGGAAUGUUUUGGCCCCUGUUUUGUUUGCUAUCCUUGGACACAUCCCGUUCCUGUACCUAACCUAACGUAAUCUCAGGUGACAAAUUGCCAGCAUUUCAGAAUUGUUCUCCUGCCCAUGCUCUCUGAUGGUAUUUUUUUCAGCCCGCUGUUACACAGGUCCCAGGUCAGCUGUGGCUGGUGUGUUCUAGAAACUCUGGAGCCUUCUAGAACUCCAUGGCUGAAUCCAUAACCUGGUGAAAUACCUAAAGCACUUUGUAGUGACUAGUUGCCAACAUAGUUAGGAGGUUUCCCAGUUUCCUAUUGCCAAUCUGUCAGGAACAGUCUUAGGGUCAACUAAGUAAAGUUUAAGGACUAAACGUGCUAAUCUGGGGGUUGGUGUAUCUGUACUAGCAAAUUUAUUUUCUUUUUAACCAAGGGAAUUAUUUUUUAUUUUUUUAAUAUUAUUUUUCCAUUAGACCUCCAAAAUAUGUGUUGGUUACUAUUAUCAAAAGGUGGUUGCCUUCAACUGUGGGAGACCACAGCAUUCCAGUACAGUAUACAUGCGUAGCUUCAAGUGUAGCCAGGUGUUUGUAUGAUGAAUCAACUCAAACUGAUUAUGUAUUUGUCCUCUGAUUCUGGCUGACCUCUGGUGUUCUUUCAGUGGCCUUUCAGAUUGACUUUAACCCUUGUAGACAAGGAAGCUAAUGGCGCUCCCAAUUAUGAAGCAGCAAGAGGAGUUGGCCAUUACUGUCUCAAUGCUUUGAUUUGAGCCUGUUUACACCUGACAUUAACAUGAGUCAUCAUGCCAUGCUCCCUCUAUUUCAUGCUUAUUUGCCCAUACGUUUUGUUGAAUUUUGAAUUUUCUAAAAUAUUUUGUUACGAUGAGAACCAUCUAUUGUUUCACCGCAUCGUAGAACCACCAUGGUUCCUCUAGUGUUCAGUCUCUUGGAAUAGUGCAAUUUUGAAGGAAAACAAUGUUUACAGAAAGUAAAACAGAAAUUAUGCAUGUCAAUUAGUUUUUACGCACAAACUUUAUAAGGUCACCCUGGGGAGGCAUUUUUUUGGGAGAGUGUAAAACAGAAUGUAGAUAACAUCAGGAUACAAAAACACAUGUUUACGCCAGGUGUAAACAGGCUCAGUGCAUUUUGGAGUUUCCGUUUUCUGCCUGUUCUAUUAAUUAUGGGAAUUUAUCCCAAAGAACCGGGUUCUCAAUUCUCUCCAGAGUUACAGUGAGCAUUCUGUCUGUUUUUGCUUUUGCAUCCUAACAAAUACAGUUACAGUUGUACAUGAAGACAGCCUGAUCCAAGGUUGUACAAGGAUCCUUGUACUCUGGAAGUCUUGAUUAAAGGCUGAUUAUGUGCUGUAAGGAAGAGUUGGGGUGGAAAUCCAGAGAGCAGCCAGAUCAAGGACCUGCCAAUCACCCAUCAUGACUCAUCACUGCAUGGACGUCAAUGUUGUAAUGGAACUGCGUUAUCUGUUUAGACAAACAGUGUGACAGUAUUAUACUGCCAGUCUGGAGGGAAGUGAGUAUUUGACAUGUUGUGCAUAGUUUAUGUAUUAUGUCUCUGUGUAAGUGCAUUAAAUUAUAUUUUCAUAUGUUUCUUCAGAAAGAUGUUCCUACAUGUAAUGAAGCUGACACCAGAGGCUGUUUUAAAAUUGGUGACUUUCAACAAAACUGACCAAAAAAAGGUGCUCCAUAAAUGUAAACCUGGUUCCAAUUUAAAUAUUAAAUAGCCUCUGAGGCGUGUUUGGA